AUGGUUCUAGCAUUAUUACACAUGUUAUCACAGGAGAUAACACAGCCCGAUACACCCAUACCACUUCGGGUCCAAAUUAGUGGGGUUAUGGGUUCUACUUCAUUAGCAUGUUGGAUAGUAUUACUUAUGCCACAAUUAAUUGAACAAUGGCGGUUGAAAUCGGCUGAUGGUAUUGCUAUUGGAUUUAUAUCGAUUUGGUUCUUGGGAGAUGUGUUUAAUUUAAUAGGAGCAGUGUGGGCAGGGUUGUUGCCUGAAGUUAUAUUCCUUGCUGUUUGGUUUUGUAUAGCUGAUUUUAUGAUGAUAGCCAGUUAUUUCUACUAUACUUAUAUCUACCAGAAACAUCACCACAAGAAACAAAGAAGAAGAACAAAUAGCACAGAAGGCGAAGAAAGACCUUUAUUGCAUAGAAGACGCAGUUCUACGUUGACUGAUAUUGCCCUCGAACCUGAAUAUCAUUCUGUGUUUGUUAGAUAUGUUUUACCAAUUUUGUUUGUGCUUGGAUGUGGAAUUGUGGGAUUUUAUCUUGGUGGAAGUAAAGCCAAUGACGAUACUCCUAGUGAAGAACCAAUUGCCGUUGGUCCACAAAUUAUGGGAUAUUGCAGUGCGGUAUUAUACCUUGGAGCAAGAAUCCCACAAAUCAUUCAGAAUUAUCGAAGAAAGAGUGUUUAUGGGUUGAGCUUAUUAUUCUUUUUGUUUUCUGUGUUGGGUAAUUUAACCUAUGCUGGACAAAUUUUGUUUUAUCGUUCCGAUUCCAAGUACAUUUUAUUGAAUUUGAGUUGGUUGUUAGGGUCAUUGGGAACCAUAUUUGAAGACAGUUUAAUCUUUUUACAGUUUUACAUAUAUCGACAAAACGAACCGGUGGUUGAAUAA